UCAAGCAGUUUUGUUGUCGCUAUUGAGGAGCCCUGGUACCUUUGCUGUACCUUGAAACGACCCCCUUCACCCACUGGUCAUUCACUUUAAUACCCAAACCUUCAUCCCGUUGUUGUUUGUUCCCUGAAAAACUCCGCCACCUACACGUCCAAGCACGAAGCACGCACCUUCCUACAAAAGGGCCACCUUCUUGCAACGAAAUCUCCAUCUUGCAACUAUCCAACCUUCAACCUAAUUUCACCAAAACAAAGUAUCAAAAUGGCCGCCGCUACUCGCUCCGUCCGCAUGGCCUCGCGCCUUACCUCCUUCUCCCGCCCUUCGGCUCUUUUUGCCCAGAAGGCCUCGGUCGCCCAGCGCGCCGCCUUCUCGGUUUCCAUUCGCAACCUCAAGUCUGAGGUCGUCAAGGAGACGGAGGUCCCGGUCUCUAUCUACUCUGGCGCCGCCUCCGCCAACGCUGGCGAUCACUUCAGCAUUCCUGUAAAGCCUCGCCAGCAGGUUGAGGAGAGCGAGCCCGAUGAGCACGUGCAGCCCUUGGAGGACAAGGUCUACCGUCAGAUGCCUCGCACUCUUCAGAAGAUGAGCGUCAUGGGCAAGGUCAUCAUCAUCACUGGUGGUGCCCGUGGUCUCGGUAACUACAUGGCUCGCGCUUGCGCUGAGGCUGGCGCCAAGGCCAUUGCUAUCUUUGAUGCCAACCAGGAACUCGGCGACGAGUCUGCUGCUGAGCUUCACCAGAAGACUGGCCUUCCCGUCUCCUUCUUCAAGGUGGAUGUUCGUGAUGGCAGCGCCAUCAACGCUGCCGUUCAGAACGUUGUUGACCUCUAUGGCGCUCCCGACGUCCUGGUUAACUCGGCCGGUAUCGCCGACUCGAACAUUCCUGCCGAGAAGUACGAUGCUGCUAUGUUCCGUCGUCUCAUCGAUAUCAACCUCAACGGCUCUUUCCUGAUGUCCCAGGCCGUUGGCCGCGCCAUGAUGGCCGCUGGCAAGCCCGGCUCCAUCAUCCUCGUUGCCUCGAUGUCCGGCACCAUCGUCAACUACCCCCAGGAACAGUCCUGCUACAACGCCUCCAAGGCUGGUGUCAUCCAGCUCGGCAAGUCUCUCGCUGCCGAGUGGGCCAAGUACAACAUUCGUGUUAACUGCAUUUCCCCCGGUUACAUGGAUACCGCUCUGAACAAGGUCCCUGCCCUCGACGCCCAGAAGAAGAUCUGGAAGUCGCUCACUCCCCAGGAGCGUCUGGGUGCCGUUGACGAUCUCAACGGUCUCUGCGUCUUCCUUGCCUCUGACGCUUCCAGCUUCAUGACCGGCUCCAACGUCAUCAUUGACGGUGGUUACACCCUUUACUAAGCUGAUCGCUUAUGGGAUAUUUGGUUUGGGGGAACACCUUAUAGACGGUUUCUGUUUUUUG